AUGAACUUACCCUACCGCCCCUCUAACCGGGGUGAUCAUGGAGGUGACACUGGUGACUAUAGCGGCCGUGGCGGCUUCAGAGGUCGGGGUGACUACCGCGGUGGAGGUGAUAACAGAGGUCGAGGUGACUACUGCGGUCGAGGCGACUUCGGAGGUCGCGGCAGUGAUAGAGGUCGUGGUGGAGGUGAUUUCCGCGGUCGUGGACGAGGUGGAUAUGUCCAACGCGGCAGCUCUGGCCCGAGAAUCUUCAACGAUGGCCAACCUGUCCCCCAACCCGAUGCGAAGGUCGCAAAGGCCGAAAAUGAUCUGGCCAAGAACCUCGCCAUUGCUCGCCAAAAGUCUCCGGGCCAGCCCCAGUAUCCGGAUCGGCCUGGAUAUGGCACAGCCGGGAAACCCGUGACACUUUAUGCUAACUAUCUUGCUUUGACAUCCGUUGGCAAACAAUUGUUCAGGUACCACGUUUCACUCGUGGAUGGCCCGGGUAGGGCAGAUAAGGCACCCGUGGGCAAAAAAGCCAGACAUAUCGUGCGUUUACUGUUGGAGGAAUACUUCCCAUCACUCAAGACGCAAAUCGCAACGGACUAUCGCAGCACCCUGAUCUCCUGUGUUGAACUGUUCAAAGAAGACAAGGAAUUUGAUGUGCGGUACAAGGACGAACACGAGGACGAGUACUCUGAGAACCCUCGCGUGUACAAGGUCGUUUGCCAGCCUACUGGACAGAUCAGCCCAUCCGACCUGGUCGAUUAUCUCUCGUCGACCAAUGCCAGCUCACUGCUGGAGUCCAAGCCCGAGAUCGUCGCCGCUCUCAACAUUAUCAUGGGUCAUCACCCCAAGACCCAUUCAUCAAUUGUGUCCGUCGGUGCCAACAAACACUUCUGCAAAGAAGGGGAUACUAUGGAGAAGGCAAGCUUGGGUGGUGGUCUUGAAGUGUUGCGCGGUUUCUUCAUAAGUGUGCGUGCUGCCACUGCCCGUGUCCUGCUCAACGUGCAGGUCAAGUACCUGGCCUGCUUCAAGGAUGGCCCUCUCCGCCUGGUGAUCGAAGACUGGCAGUCCGGCUUCGCAAGGCCCAACAAUUACCGUCUGGAGGCAUUUUUGAAGCGUAUGCGGAUCUACACCAACCAUAUCAAGCGCAAGACGAAGAGUGGCAAGCCCCGGCCGCCACGUUACAAGACCAUUGUCGGGUUGGCUGCCAAACAAGAUGGUAGAGGUCUGCCCAACCCGCCCAAAGUAAAGGAUCACGGUUCUGGUCCUCGUGAUGUACAAUUUUACUUGGCCCCUCCUGGUGUUUCAGCUGCAGAGCCCCAGGCGAGUGGCGAAGGCAAGGGCAAGGGCAAGGGCAAGGGCAAGAAGGCUCCGGCCAAGGGCCCGGUCCAAGCAGGCAAAUACAUCACGGUGGAGCAGUUCUUUAAGCAGGAGUACAACAUUUCUGUGGAUCCCUCUUUUCCUGUCGUCAAUGUCGGCACCCGUCAGAAUCCCGUUUAUAUGCCAGCUGACGUCUGCGUGGUCCCGCCUGGCCAGCCUGUUGGCAGCAAGCUCUCGCCGGACCAGACAUCUCACAUGCUCAGGUUCGCUGUGAUGAAUCGAAACCCGGCAGAAAACGCCCAGUCCAUUGUGACAACUGGUGUGAACAUGCUGGGGCUUGGUCAGCCGCACAAUGAAACCCUGUCCGCCUUUGGCAUCAACGUGGUUCCUAAGCUCAUCACCGUUCAGGGCCGUGUGCUGGCUGCCCCACGAAUCAUAUAUGGCCUGAAAAAGGAGAUACUGGCCUCGAAAGGCAGCUGGAACAUGGCACAAAUCAAGUUCUCCAAGCCUGCAACCCUGAAUAAAUGGACAUGGCUAUGCCUCGAUUCUAGCUCACAGCGCUACAGCAUCAGAGACGAUGAGAUAAAUGCGGGUCUCAGAAAUCUCACCCUGUCUUUGCAAAGCAUGGGCAUAAACACCAAUGGCCCCGAACCGGGAAGCCGUGUCAUAUUAAACGGUAAUAACGACACAGGUGCCAUUGAGAAGGCUGUGCGAUACCUGAAAGAUCUGCACGAGCCGCAGCUGAUCCUGGGUAUCCUCCAUAGCAAGGAGACAGCACUGUACAACUGUGUAAAGCAGGUCUGUGAUGUCACUUGUGGUGUAAGAAAUGUCAACGUUCAGGCCGAUAAGCUGCGAGGGAAUAAGCACAAAAACGAAUUUGGGGCCAAUGCGCAGUACUGCGCCAAUGUUGGUCUUAAAAUCAACCUCAAGAUGGGUGGUGCCAAUCAAUCUCUGCGGUCUUCCGAUCUCGGCAUCUUUGGCGAUGGCAAGACCAUGCUUGUGGGACUUGAUGUUACUCACCCAUCGCCCGGUUCGGCAGGCUCCGCCCCCAGUGUAGCCGGCAUCGUCGCGUCCAUCGAUUCAGACCUGGCGCAGUGGCCAGCAGAACUCCGCAUCCAACCUCCUCGCCAGGAAAUGGUCGACGAUCUGGACGAACUUCUCAAAUCACGCAUCGAACGCUGGCGUGCGGCCAACAAGAACAAGCUACCCGAGAACAUCGUGGUCUACCGUGAUGGCGUGUCAGAGGGCCAAUACGACAUGGUAAUCAACAAGGAGCUUCCCCUUCUGCAGAAGGCUUGCCGAGCUACGUACCCAGCCACCGAAACCCAGAAGGGUCUCCCACGCAUGGCGAUCGUGAUCGUCGGCAAGCGGCACAACACUCGCUUCUACGCCACGAGCGAGGGUGAAGCCGAGAGGUCCCUCAACCCUCAGCCCGGCACCGUGGUCGACCGCGGCAUCUCCGAAGCCCGUCACUGGGACUUCUACCUCCAGGCGCACUCCGCCCUGCAAGGAACCGCGCGCCCCGCACACUACUUUACUGUCUGGGACGAGAUUUUCAACCCCCAGAACCCCGCCAAAGUAGGCGGUCCCGGUGCCGCCGAUGUCCUUCAGACUCUUACGCAUAACUUAUGCUACCUGUUUGGAAGGGCAACUAAGGCUGUCAGCAUCUGUCCGCCUGCGUACUACGCCGAUCUGGUGUGUACCCGUGCCCGCUGCUUCCUCAGUGAUCAGUUCGAUCCUAGUCCUGCUGCUAGUGUUGCUGGUACUGAGGGUGGCGAGCAGCAGCAGCCGCUGGACAGGAGUAAGGUGGUAAUUAACUCCAGAAUUGCCGAUACGAUGUUUUACAUCUAA